GGUCUAGACCUACUCUAUCUGUAAAGUGUCUCGAGAUAACUUUUGUUAUGAUUUGAUACUAUAAAUAAAAUUGAAUUGAAAAUUGAAAAAUUUUCAACUAACACGAUAAAUCUCAGACUUUUCCUUGGCGAUGUGUCGCAGCCUUUCGCAAAGUGAUUUAUUGCGGCAGUUGAUAUUGCAAUGGCGAUAACAAAACGACAUAUUGUGCAGCCCUAGUGCAGCUGGUUGUGUAUUUGAGUGUGUGUGUGUGUCGGGCCCGGACUCACACAUCACACGGUGCGACGGCAAGUUACAUCCUGUUGCUCAACUCGCUGUGGGGAAAAACAAACCAUGAAGAGAUGAAAUUUCAGCAUGAACAAACUAAAUGUCCAAAUAUUUCUUGCGGAGAAGCUGCAGAGCAAAGCUGCAAGUCGGACCAGUCGGCUGGAACGUCUUGCUCUGAUUGGAUGAUUACAGACUUCUCUUUUCUUCUGCUGAGUUUUGAGUUGUUUUUUUUCCUGAACUAUUUGGGAUUUUCCUGUGUUUCGGGAACACGUCGGUUGUCCGGUUCCUUUUGACAUUUUCCAAGUCGAGCAGAAACAGAGAAACAGGCCUCGAUGACGUAGGUACUUUUCAUCUUUAAACACAACUUAUUUGUCUUUGGAUUACAGCCGUUCCACUUUAACUUGACUGCAAAGCAUCAUGGGAGAUUGAAGGCACAGUGGAAAUGUGGAAUUCCUAACUGGAGUAGCACAAUAUGCUGACGACAUGAUUAAUUAUGUUACCAAUUUCUGAUAAUUAGCAUAUAUUAAUGUUGAAAAUAAGUUUUUAAAUCAAUCAUAAACUUAUUUAAUAUGAAGUUAGGAGUAUUUAAGCUCCUUUCUGUGCAACAACCUUUUUUAGGAGCUUUUUUUCAUUUUCAAACAAAUUGAAGCCACAGAUUUGUUUUCUUUUUGCAAAAACCUCUUCAGAAUCUGGAGAUCUUCUGCAGCGUCCAUCUUUAGUUCGGAGCACUUUUUUUUUUGCAAACUAUUCAGCAGCUAUUCAGAAGACUUCGGACACUUUUGUGCAGACAUGCUCCCUGGGGGACUGGUGUCGGGCGGAGGCGGUGGGCUGUGCCUCCUCCGGUGGCUCGGGCUCAGGCUGUGGUCCCGUCGGGGGACGCUGGUCUUCGCUCUGCUCUGGUUUGGCUCUUGGCUGUUCCUAAACGGCCUGGUUCUGGUCCACAGGAGCAUCCUGUCAGACUACUGCACAGAUGACAAGAGCAAGAGGAUCCUGCAGAGACUGUGCCUGGAGUUCGGCGAGGGCUCGGUGACGGGCGACAUGUGCGAGGACCUGUGCGUGCUGGGCCUCGUGGAGUACAAGCGCUGCCUCUACUACGAGAACGGGAAGAAGGUGAUCGAGGCGCGCUGGAGAGGAAACCCCAUCAUCCUCAAGUCCAAACUGGAGAACUUCUCCUCCUACGAGCCCCUGGGGAUACUGGACUACCAGGUGCGAAACUCUCUGGGUCUGGCGCAGGUGGACGAGGACGGAGACGGAGACGGAGACGGAGGAGGAGGAGGAGGAGGAGGAGGGGGGGGGAACAGCUCUCUGGCCAGACUCUGGGAGAAGAAGCUGAAGAGCAGAGACACCAGUUUCUCCCGAGCCGAGCUGGCGUCGCUGUGGUCUCUGCUGCAGCAGGAAGAGUACACCUUCCUCCGAGUGCUGCAGGACCUGAGCACCCACGUGGCGAAGGUUUUGGGUUCCUGCGGCCAUUUCUACGCCGUGGAGUUCCUGUCUGCCGGCCACGCCUGGGACCAGAACAUCUUCUCCCUGGAGGAGGCCCAGGGGGGGCCCGGGGCCCAGGGGGGGUCCGGGGCCCGGGCCCGCUGGAGCGCCAGAGAGAUGGUGCACCGUAUCGCGCUGAGCUUCCUGGACAUGGUGUGGCACUUUGACAACGACUUCACCCACAGACUGCACCUGUGUGACAUCAAACCAGAGAACUUCGCCAUCAGGAAGGACCUCACUGUGGUGGCCAUCGACGUGGACAUGGCGUUCUUCGAGCCGAAGAUGCGAGACAUCCUGGACCAGAACUGCAGCAGCGACGACGACUGUAACUUCUUCGACUGCUCGUCUCGCUGCAACCUCCACAAGCAGCGCUGCAGCGCAGAGCGCCGCAACAGCAACCUGCAGGUGAUCUGUGAGAAGAUUUUCCGACCGUGGUUUUCUCCCACGCUGCUCGGGGCCAAAGCAGGUCUCCCUCUGCAGGUGGAGCUGCAGCGAGCGGUCCAGGAGUGUUCAGAAACCGAGGGAGGCGUGGAGGAGGAUGUGGGUGGCCGAGGGGAGGCAGGUCGGGGCAGAGGCGUCCAUCAGCGCCUGCUCAACAUCCUGACACGCCUCCUGCAGGAGGGAGGGGCCUCAGCGGAGGGGGGAGGGGCCUGGAGGGAGAAAGGCCACGCCCACACUGCGCUGAACUUCUGAAGGAGCUGAAAGUCUCCCUGUUGAAAUGCUCACCCUGGAAUCCAAUGACACAUUUGUUUGUUUAAAUGUCUGCUGACAGGAAAGAGUGACUCCAGUCAGGUUCGGAGCUAGCCUGACAAGCCAGCCCCACAUCCAGAUGUUGAGGUCUGGGAACUCACCAUUGGUCAGGGCUCAAUCAGAGGGGCGGGAUAAACUGUUGUCUUUCAAAUUCCCUCUGCACGCAUUAGG